AUGAAAACCAUCCAUAGAAAGAGAGAUGCUGCACCAAGCGUUUUGAAAUGUCUCACUUUAGAGGUCAUUGCGGCUAAAUAUCCACCUACUAAGUGGCUGCACAAUUUUACUGAUGGUUCUCAGUUUGAAUGUCAUUUCAAGGUUCAAUAUCUCUAUAACAUGGUCGGGGAUGGUGUGUUUUCGAAUCUUCUUUCUUUUUACGCCCCUACAGGAUACAUUGGUACCUCCUUUGAUGGUGAACUAGUAGCCAUCUAUAUAGCCCUAAAGCAAUUAUUAGCUAUUCAUUACAAGUUUGCAAAGGCAGUUAUUUUUUCUGAUUCUCAAGCAGCCAUUCGAUCAAUUAGCUCUGUUGAACACCCACUAACACUUGAAAUUUUGCAAUGUCAAGAACUCCUGAGAACUCUCACUUUAAAGGGGAAACAAAUCGUUCUCCAGUGGGCGCCUGCCUAUUGUGGUCUUUGGGGCAAUGAACAAGAGAACUUGCUUACUACAACCUGGCCAGCUUACUACAACAUCCUAAUGCAGCCAUUUCUUAAUGGAGAAUUAAACUUUUUAGAAAGUUUAUUUACGUCUAAUAUCUUACGAGAUCUUCAGACUCGUACAGCCUUAUGA